UUUAGGGUAGUCUCGGAGAUCCGAGCAGAAGACAAAAAAAGUAAAAUUAAAUGCGAAUUAUAGCGCGUUCGUCUCCUCGUUUGUAUAUCCGUGGCGCGUUUUCGUUCAUACGCGGUUCAACAAACACCCAAUGUGGCGCUUGAGUUUGGAAGGUUAUGGAUUAAAGUUUCGGGGUGUGGCAUCAUAUUGUGAUUUAUAAAAUAAAUGGAAUAUCGCGCGUUUGUAAUGUAGGGCGACUUUAUUUUCUCGACGUGACUAAUGCAAAGAAUCACCAUUAAACAGCUUGUGAGGUGUCCUUGGAAUUUCAACCACUAUCUGAAAAAUUGCUCUUCAGUGGACAGAACAUUUUUUAAAUGUAUUUACAACGGCAUUACAUUUGUGGCGCCUUGUUCCAAAAUUUCUUCACUGCUUAUUGAAAGAACAGAAAUUUCAAAAUGCGUAUGAUACACGCCGAUUAAUUUGCAUAUUGAUGAGUGUUUACGUGAAACGUUGACACAAGGUAGUUGAUCGUUGCUUGAUAGGAUACGGUCCAUGAAAUCACGUGUAUUAAAAUCUACGUGGGAUGUUGGGCGCUAUCACCCCCACGCAGUCCCACGAGUACACCGAAAUGUCCCGGUUAGCCGACUACUUUGUUGUGGUCGGCUACGACCACGAAAAAGAGAGAGGAGGUAUAAGUAAUGGAAUUAUUCUGCAAAGAUUUCCGGAGAAAGAUUGGCCAGAUACACCAUUCAUCGAAGGAAUAGAAUGGUUUUGUCAACCACAAGGAUGGGCUUUAUCUACAGAAAGACAAGAACCACGGUUUUUUGUGUCUAUUUUAACUGAUAUUGAUGCAAAUCGUCAUUACUGUGCAUGUAUGUGUUUUAAUGAGACAGUGUCGAUUGUGCCAAGUAAACCUGUAGAUGAAGAAGAAGAUCCUGUAGAUGGUGAUAGUCGUUCAUUGGUUAGAACAAUACCUACAAUUGCACAUCACAGCAUUAUGUAUGCACCCAAAUGUCUGGUGCUGGUUUCCAGACUCGAUUACAUUGAAACUUUUAGAAAUUGCCUUGGUAUAAUAUAUACUGUAUAUGUAGAAAAUCAUGGUAUACCAUUAGAAACUUUGGUAGGAAAUAUAUUAGGUUGCAUACAAGUACCACCUGCUGGUGGGCCACAAGUACGAUUCAGCAUUGGCGCAGGUGACCGUCAAGCGCUUCAACCUCCAAUUAGUCCUUCUCUUCCAUUAACUCAUACUAGUGUAAAUCUUUUAUUUCAACAGUUAGGUAUUCGCAAUGUGUUAGUAUUAUUUUGUGCUGUUAUGACGGAACAUAAAAUACUUUUCCAUUCUGCAAGUUAUUCCCGAUUGACUGAAGGAUGUCGUGCUCUUACUGCACUAAUGUAUCCAUUUAGAUACACACAUGUUUACAUUCCUCUUUUGCCAGCAGCUUUGGUUGAAGUACUGAGCACGCCUACUCCUUUCAUUAUGGGUGUGCACAGCUCAUUAAAAUAUGAAGUUGCAGAACUUAUGGAUGUAAUAGUUGCCGAUUUAGAUGGAGGUUCUAUCAUGGUUCCAGAUGGUGUCUCACUUCCAUUGCUCCCAGAACCACUUCUUUCACAGACACAGGAUGCAUUAUCCUUAGUACUGCAGCCAGAAUUACUUUGCGCAGAUUAUGCCUUUCCACCGCUUGCAACAAGAGCUCCUCAUUCUCCUAUGUUAGACAAAGAAAUAAGAGCAGUUUUUAUGAGAACAUUUGCUCAAUUGUUACAAGGCUAUAGGAGCUGUCUAACACUAAUAAGAAUUCAUCCCAAACCUGUUAUUACAUUUCACAAGGCAGCUUUCUUAGGGGAGCGAGGCUUGACAGAUUGUGAUUUCACGACUAGAGUUUUGGAUUGUAUGUUUUUUACUUCAUUUAUUGCAGAAAGGGGACCACCAUGGAGAGCUUGCGACGUGUGGGACGAACUGUAUAGUAAUUUGAGUGAUCAAUUGAAACAAGAAGCACAAGAUCAUAGACUUGUCUUAACGCAUAUUCAAGAAUUAGCACAACAAUUGUACACAAAUGAAAAUCCAAAUCCUCAACCAUACGUACAAAAGAUUUUGAAACCACCCGAAGGAGCAUUUGCUAGAAUACAUCAGCCACUUUUGCCACGCAUCAAUCCAGAGCAAGUUCAAGCAAUUAUAGAUGAAGGUCUUGCCAAGAAUAAUCUCAAAGUUAGAUUAUCAUCAUUGAGGCCAUCUCAACCUCGUAUUGUACCUAUGGGUCCACAUAUCUCAUUUGUUCAUGACACUAGACAUUUGGUCAGUAAUUCUGCACGUAGACUUGAAGUUCUUCGCAACUGUAUAAACUGUAUAUUUGAGAAUAAAAUAUCGGACGCUCGGAAAACUUUUCCAGCUGUACUAAGAACGUUAAAGAGUAAAGCUGCUCGUUUAGCGCUUUGCAUGGAAUUAUCACAACACGUUGUUGGGAACAAAGCGAUGUUAGAGCAUCAACAAUUUGAUCUUGUAGUCCGUUUGAUGAAUUGUGCUUUACAAGAUGAUUCUUCAAUGGACGAACACGGAGUUGCUGCCGCGCUUUUGCCUCUUGCCACAGCAUUUUGUAGGAAACUAUGCACAGGAGUGAUCCAAUUCGCUUACACAUGCAUUCAAGAACAUCCUGUAUGGCAAAACCAACAAUUUUGGGAGGACGCUUUUUAUUUGGACGUUCAAAAAGAUAUAAAACGAUUAUAUCUCCCAGGAGAAAAUUCUCCUCCACGACUCAUGAAUGAUGGUAUUUUAAGUCCAAUAAGCCCGCGGGAUGGCAAAGAAUUUCCCUUUCGUGACCGGUAUUCAAUUUAUCAAAUUCAAGAACCGUCAGCUCUUGAAAUAGCUGCUGAACAAAUGAGGAUUUGGCCAACGAUUGAUCCAGAGAAACAAAAGGAACUUAUUGCAAGCGAGGAAAGUACUAUGUAUAGUCAAGCAAUCCAUUAUGCAAAUAGAAUGGUGUAUUUACUGGUUCCAUUGGACAUAGCAGCAAAGACUCAUCGCCAAGAUAACAUUUACGACGAUGAAAGAGCAAGUAACAGCAUCACGAAUAGUGUGGCAAGUGACAGCGGCGAUGCAGAGUCCGGGUUUGAGGAAACUGAUCCUGGAGAAACUGGUUGCGCUGUUAUUCGAAUGGUUUCCCGAUUUGUAGAUCGUGUUUGUACAGAAGGAGGUGUAAGUGCUGAACAUGUAAGAUGUCUACAUCAAAUGGUUCCUGGUGUUGUCCAUAUGCACAUCGAGACUCUCGAAGCUGUACAUAGAGAAAGCAAAAGAUUGCCUCCGAUACAGAAGCCUAAGAUCUUGACACCUAACAUGUUGCCUGGCGAAGAAGUUAUUAUGGACGGUUUACGUGUUUACCUUUUACCAGAUGGGAGAGAAGAAAGUCCAGCAGGAUUACCAAAGAUACCACCACUCUUGCCAGCAGAAGGAGCAAUAUUCCUCACUAAUUACAGAAUUGUGUUUAAAGGAAUACCUUGUGAUCCGUUUGCCUGUGAACAGUUAGUAGUUCGUGCCUUUCCUGUCACAUCGUUGACGAAGGAAAAACGAGUCGCUGUACAACACUUAGCGCACUUAGAUCAGUGUUUACAAGAAGGCCUUCAAUUACGUUCUUGCACUUUCCAGUUAAUAAAAUUAGCAUUCGAUGAAGAAGUUACACCUGAGAAUAUUGAAACUUUAAGAAAGUUAGUUCAUAAAGCUCGAUAUCCGCCACAUAUUUUUCAUCACUUUGCUUUUAAUGGACAAGUAUUGGUGACUCCGACAGCGCAUCACAAAGGAAAAGAAAAGAAUGCUACCCUCAAAGGAUUUGCCAAGAAAACUCUUUUGAAAACUGCGCGUAAAGCCGGUUUUAAACCAAAACAGUCGUCGAAAAGACAAAAAUAUGUCUUGCCAAAUAUGAACAUGAUCACUAAUAACAAAUUUAUGACAUCGCCUGGUCGAAUGAGUUUACCAGUAACAGAUAAUAAUGAUUUAAGUCAUGACGAUGAUCUUAGUGUAGAUGACUUUGAAAUGCCGGGCAUUGUAACUCAACCCCAGCCACCAACCGAUGCAAAAACCUUAGAGCGAUUAUCUGAACGUAGUUAUGUAAGGGAUUGGUAUCGUUUGGGAUUAUAUUCAAAUGGGCCGCACAGUAAUCGUAGGAACGAACCGUUUCGGUUGUCUUCGGUGAAUUGUGCCUAUAUGAUUUGUAGGAGCUACCCCGCGCUCCUUAUAGUUCCUUCAUCGGUAUCAGACGAAAGUAUCCGCAGAUUUUGUCGACUUUAUAGACACAAUAGAAUACCAGUUAUCACUUGGAGACAUCCAAGAACAAAAGCGCUUCUUAUCAGAGGCGCAGGUUAUCAUGGGAAGGGUGUCAUAGGCAUGUUGAAAGCUCAUCCAGCAUCUGCUGCUAAUUUGAAAGCAACAUCUUCAGAAACAACGUCAUCCCUGGAACAGGAAAAGUACAUAAUGGCACUUGUAGCUGCGACUCCAUUAUCUGCGUUGAGACAAGGAUCUGCUUGGGGAAUGUCUGAUAGUUCACUCAGUAUUGAUUCUUUAUUGCUAGCUGCAGAAGAUCGCAACGCUACACCUGAACAAUCACGGCGAAAUCCAUUUAAUAAAGCCAUUGGAACAUUAAGUUCAUCAGGCGGUAAAGGUCCUAAAAAUUUCGGACGUUGGGGUUCAUUGAAAGAUAAGAGACAUAAUUCUCAGGCUUCUUUAACAUCAGUCCAUCAGCGUGGAACUGUUAGACAUUCCGCAGAUUCGGAUAGUGGUACAGAAUGUGUUCAUACAUUUCAACGGGCUGUAUUAUACAUCCUCGGUGAAAAGGCGCAUAUGAAAGGUGUUAAAGCAGAAUCAGCGCCGAAAACCGACUUUAUUCCAGUCGAAUACUAUGACGCAAGACAUACGAAAGCCGCCUUUAAGAAACUUAUGCGGGCUUGUAUUCCUAGCUCUCCAAAUAUAGAACCAGACCAAAGUUUUUAUAAAUUAAUUGAAAGUUCCGAAUGGCUACAACAACUUCAAAAUUUAAUGCAGUUGUCCGGUGCCGUUAUUGACUUGAUGGACGUACAAGGUUCAUCCGUAGCCGUUUGUUUAGAACAGGGUUGGGACACCACAACAACAGUUUGUUCUGUAGCACAAGUGUGUCUUGAUCCACAUUACAGAACCAUCGAGGGAUUUCGAACUUUGAUCGAAAAAGAAUGGCUCGGAUUUGGUCACAGAUUCGGGCACAGAAGCAACCUAGCAGCAAAUUCUCAAACUACCAAUUUUACACCUACUUUCUUGCAGUUUCUUGACAUAGUGCACCAAAUUCAAAAACAAUUUCCAUUAGCGUUCGAGUUCAAUGAGUUCUAUUUGAAAUUUUUGGCAUAUCACUCGGUUUCCUGUCGUUUUCGAACAUUUCUGCUGGAUUGUGAAUUUGAUAGAGUAGAAUGUGGCAUUACUGCUGUGGAAGAUAAAAGAGGGUCGCUGACGAGUCAUCACAAGGGAGUGGAUACCGGGAGCGACGAUGAAACCAUUUAUCCAGGCGGUAGAUUGGCAGGGACGAAUACAGGAUGUAAUCUUGGUCAAAGUAUAUUUGAUUACAUCGACAAACAACAUGCAAGAUGUCCCUUAUUUUAUAACUUUAUGUACACGCCUAAUACGGAGCAUACGGUAUUAAGACCCGUGUCACACUUGCCGAGUCUUGAUAUUUGGCAGUACUAUAUAGAAGAAGAAUUGGCUCAUGGACCUGCGUACGACUUAGAAGUAUUACAGCAAGAUUCUCAGCAAGAAGAAGAAGCAGAGGCCGCUGACGGCGUUGUUAAAAGUAAUCGUAAAGUGGUUACACAAGGUUACGAUGGUACAAGUACUAUGAUCCCCGAUCAAUUUUCCUAUCUCUUGGAAGAAAUUCAUAAACUAGAAACAGAGUUAGGUCAUUUACCUCAAAAAUGGAAAGUUCUUUGGGACAAGCUUGAACUGCCAAACACAGAUUCGCUUGCGCGCCAUGCAUCGUUUAGUACUACACUGGUCAGAUAUCAUGGUCGAUUGAUUCAUAAGCGUUCUACACUGGAAUUACUCCUUCGAGGCAAACUCGCUGGCGGAAAUAAUUCUGGAAAUGAAGGGUCCGUUUACGCACAUCCUCAUAGAUUCGAACGAUUAGAUUCAGCUACGCCAACUCAUUGCGAUGCUUGCUCUGGUGUUUUGUGGGGUCCUGUGAAGGCCGGCUUGCGAUGCGUAGAUUGCGGACAUGUGUGUCAUGACAAAUGUGCUGAUGCGGUACCAAAAAAUUGCACAAAAUAUAAAACGGUCACUGACAAUUUACAAACACACACACUUACAAGAAGUGGCGGAGAUAACGGAAGCGUUAACUCGAGUGUAGCAACGAUACAAACUUCGUCACAACAAUAUUAUGAACAGUUCUCUAGCAAUGUUGCAGAAAAUAGGACACACGAAGGAUAUCUUUAUAAGCGAGGUGCUUUGCUUAAAGGUUGGAAGCAAAGAUGGUUCGUAUUAGAUUCUAUAAAACACCAGUUAAGAUAUUACGAUGCAAUGGAAGAUUCUCAUUGUAAAGGAUACAUAGAUUUAGCUGAAGUAGUGUCUGUAACCCCAGCUGCGCCAAUGCCAGGACCACCAAAGAAAACUGACGAUAAAUCAUUCUUCGAUCUUCGUACAAACAGGCGGACAUAUAAUUUUUGUGCUGGUGACGCAGCAACUGCGCAAGAAUGGAUCGAAAAAGUUCAAGCAUGCUUACAAUAGCUUGAUUAUAUCUCUAAUUUAAAAUGUGCAAGUGACUGAUAGAUUAAAACAGAUUUUAAUUUUGUUACAUACUAUUAUAUAGUCUAAUAGUACGUAUUAUAUAGACUGCAAUAAUUUUGCUUUAAAUAUUUCGGUCGUUGAACUGAGAACAGUAUCAUAAAUUGAAUGUGAUGUACUCAUAUCUUUGACAUAGCAUUAUUAUAUAAAUGUAUAUUGUAAUUAUAUAAUUAUGUUAAAUUCGUAUUAUUUCAGCUGGGAGAUGAAAGAUCGCUACAUACUCAAGUAAAUGUUAAAAAUCUUUUUUUAUUUUGUUUAAUUCGUUUUUAAUUUUAAAUAAUUAUAUUAUAAAUUGUGAGUAAAAAAA